UUGUCCUGCUCAAUCAAGGGGGAAAUCAUAUCAAUUGAACAUUUCAGAGCCUCUUCCUUUGGGACACGACUCAAGGGUUUCUAUUCUCCGCUUUCCACAACAUCAUGUUAUUCGGGCUUUGUAAGGACUCGAGAUAUGGACAACCAUCCACUAACUAACAAUUGUCAAGAAAAUAACAGCAUCAGGAUAAGUCAGAAAAGUGGACAUCAGUAGCUCAUUUUACUCCUGAGAAGCUCACUGUGCCUUCUGCGAUCAUGGGCGAUAUAGUUCAUAGUGUCAAUGGAUCAACUAGUUGCUGCCCUACUUGUGCUAAGUCUGGGCAUAUAUCUGCGGAAUAAGGUUUCGUACGAGAAGCGACAGCUAAGGAGGUAGGGAUAAGGCUCUGGGUCUCUCACAGAAUACUACAUACAUCCAAUUUCUGCGAAUUACAGGAUCAUGAGGGGCUUUGAAAUUAGAAGCCAAGGCUUUAGUUGAGCAGAUUGUAGUAGACCUUUCAUAGCGACACUUCAAAUUCUACAACCGCUGCGUAACCCAACCCUACUAGGCGGGUAAGUGAGGAGAAGUGUGGUAUGGUAAAAAAAACAACUCUUCUAUUGGCUAAAAGCGAGAGGGAGGACGACUUUCUCACUUUCCAGGAGGAAGUAGGAAUAGCACUUGAAAUAUCACAAUCAGCUAAAAGAGCACAUUUCCCGGGGCGAGGAUACAAAAUAGUGAGGUUACUUUAUGGUAUCUAAAAAACCCAGAAGAUGGCCAGGUAAUAGCCCCCACUACUAUGUAGAUAACUUCUGCAGUCAAAGAGAGAGCAGUAGAUCUACUUAGCAAGCGGGGUGGGGGGCGUUCGGUGAGGAUGAGGAAUAAUGAGGUCAUCAAUGACGAUUGAUUCUCUCGUGCACUGUCCUAUACAAGACAUGUUGACUUAGGAGUAUGUCGCACGCAGGACGAAUAACUCUGAAUUGUGGAUUGGCGUGAGGCUUUUGGCCCUUGAUGUGCUGGAUGCUGACAUAGGUAUUUAAGGAUAUCCGGCAGAGAGAGGGUCGAAGGGCCCCAUUAUUAGCUCUCCACACCGAUAACUUGAAGACAGGAUCUGAAUUGCGGAACCAACCGGAUGAGCAGCAUGAUGUGAUUGAGAUAUGUGUGGCUUGUUUCAGGGUGUCGGCUGGGAGCUGGGAUGUGAAGGUGGGGUGGAAAUUCAGCCACCUAUGAACGCAGGAGAUGAUUUAAGUUAACGAGGAGGGAGAGGAGAAAAUGUGGUCUUCUCUGAUUCCUGGAUUUUCUUUUUGCUUUCGGCUUUUCUUGACUCCAUUGGGGGAGAUUCGGGCGAUAGAAACAGCUGGACACAGGCUCACCCCCGUGCUUGGAUUAAUUUUCAUCGACCAUCCAUUGCUAUUGGGGCAGAGAAGGUGUUUUUAGUAAAAUUCUAAAUACAGCUUCGGAAUGCGCAGUCUUGGUCUUGUGGCAUUUUUUUUUGGCCGUGGAGAAACUUGAGUUUACCCCUCCAUUGACUGGCCUGUUGAGCUGCCGAUUCCUUGCGCUAGCUAUGGGACUAGUUGGAAAAAUCCGGCCGAGAUAUGCACACCUGCAAUUCUUAUUAGAGAAGAGGGUCAUAUUUAUUAGUAAAAUCGUGCAUAAACUCUCACUUGAGCGCAGACACAUUCCGAGGUAAUAAUAAGUGUAUCAAGUGUAACAUCCAUAUCAUAACAAUUGCUGGGGUUAUCAGGACAAUUUCUCCUGGAUGUGUCCAUUCGGAUCGACGAAAAUAGGUCUCUGAGCCUUUGAGGCUGCCGUUUUCGCUAGGCAUCGAUUCAGCUGAAGAUCAGAGAUCAGGCAAGGGUCGAUUCUUUUGGCCUGGUGUUGGAGGCUUGGAAGGUUGGAGGCUGGUGAGAUUACUUGGGGGCAUCAUCGGGGGCAGCAUCGGGGCCGCAUCGGGGAAGCGGCACGCCUGGGCAGCCGGGACUAGCCCCUAUUCGCCGCUGGGUUUCUCGGUAGCCAGCAGCCACUAGCCACGCCCAAGGCUUGGGGCUUAAGCCUGCUGCGACUGGAAGGCUUCUGAUAGGCCAGCUGGGCACGCUUCAGCCUCCCAACUCCGACUAAGCUCCGGAUUAGCAUCUGGAGCAACUUCCCACCACACUGACAUGACCGCAGACCAACCACCAGCUUGUUGUUGCUGCUGCUGCUGCUCGCCCACAAAACAUUGGCCUCUUCCGUAGAUUGUGUUCAUAAUUGUCUCCCCUUUUCGUUCUGCUGCUCUGUUCAGUAUCCCUUCUUUGCUUCUCUUGGUGUCUGUGGUUGCGUGUGUCGUGUCGUGUUGCGACGUGUUGUUUUUGUCUUCCUAAGCUAUGUCCCCGCUGAUGACGCCCGCUGUUGCUGGUGUCUGACCGCUCCCUCCACCACAGCUGGUCAACAAAUAGCCAAAUCACGACCACAGACCCAGAUCGAGAUUCAGAUCCAGGAACCUCUCAUCCUCGUUUAUUCCUCUCCUUGUCAACCCCCCCCCCCCCUUCUUCUGUCGGGUUUAUCCCUCUUGCGUACAUAUAGAAAUCAUUCCCCCUUUCCACAUUCCACCCUUCCACUUCUUCAGCUGAGACACUCCAAUUCUUGUUCUUCCUAAAGACAGCUGUUUGUGCUUCAUUGUUGUCUUUUAGAUCUCUUAUGCUCGUCUCUCCAGGAUCGCUGAAUAUCUCCUCGAGAAUCGUGCUGUUUCCUAUUACUACCACCACCACUACUACUAGGCACCUCCAACUUACUCGCCCUUAGCUCUCGCUGGGUCGUCCCGCUCACCUCCUCUCGUUGACCGUUAAAUCUGGUUGCAUCCACUUCCCCGCCCCAAGCUUGUGACGACCGUUUCUCCGUCGAACUCCGUUCGCCUUCAUAAUCUUAAACACAUCCCAACAUGGUUCGGAUAUCGCUGCCACGUCGCGUCGGGAGCCAUCUGAGCGCCAAAAGCAAUGCUAUGCCUCCUUCGGGCGAUCUCAGUCCUGCCCUUACGCCCUCAGGCACCGAUACCAAACCGCUGAUUCUCAAGGCCACUGUGAUAUCCGGGAGAAACCUAGCACCGAAGGACAGAAAUGGCUUGAGUGAUCCCUACUUGGUUGUAAGCUUAGGCGAAGCUCGACAGUCCACUCCCACGAUAACCAAAACGUUGAAUCCAGAAUGGAACGUCUCUUUCGACUUACCAAUCCUUGGGGUACCCCUCCUCGAAUGCAUAUGUUGGGAUAAAGAUAGAUUUGGCAAAGACUACAUGGGGGAAUUCGAUAUACCUCUGGAAGAUAUCUUUUCUGCUGGAACGAUCCAGCCACAGCCGCAAUGGUAUACGCUUCACUCUGGGAGGAAAGCGGGAAGGAAGAGUGGCGAUGUAUCUGGUGAAAUUCAGAUGCAAUUCACUCUCUUUGAUCCUACGAACCCGUCUGCUGAGCCAAACGAGAUCCUUCAGAAAUUUAAAGUAUUAGUGUCUAGCGAUGAUGAGGACGAAAUUAUCCCUGUUACUUCCCCCGACACAGACGACCUCGAGAAGGAGGACGAGACAACUGAUGGAACCGAUGAUCCCACCAAGCCAGAUGUCGUCGAGAAGCGCCGGCGCAAACUUCGACUUGCCCGUUUGAAACGCAAAUCCAUCGCUGCUAGAGCUUAUGAGUUCUCAGGCUCCAAGGAUGGCGUCUCCGGGAUUGUGUUUAUGGAAAUAGUGAAGAUCUUAGAUUUGCCUCCAGAGAGGAAUAUGACACGUACCUCUUUCGACAUGGAUCCCUUCGUUGUUACUUCUUUGGGCAAGAAAACGCUCAGAACGCGCGUUAUACGCCAUAAUCUAAACCCUGUUUUCGAGGAGAAAAUGGUUUUCCAAGUUAUGAAACAUGAGCAGUCGUAUUGUAUUUCCUUCACAGUCAUUGACAGGGAUAAGCUAUCCGGGAACGAUUUCGUUGCAUCGUCCAGUUUCCCCUUACACACACUUACACUGGCAGCACCAGUUGCAGACCCAGAGACGGGUUUAUACAAUUUACCUGGACCGCCAUCGGAACCUUCACCCACACCACCCGCUACUAAAUCGCGAUUCCGCCUCAAUUUGUCUCGAUCUUCAUCGGCUACUAGUUUGACGAAGCUGGCAAAGCCAUCACUGAGGACGAAGAGUUCAGCAACAUCGUUAUCUAGCCAAUCUGGGCAAGAACAACAAAGCACUACCCCUCCCAAUGUCCCAUCUGAGGCGUCUUCCCAGUUAAACCUUCCAGCAUCUGGGAAUAUGGUAGAAGAGCCCGAAGUUCCUGCUGAUGAAUAUGGUCUCAAGACUUACAUCAUCCCACUUGUUCUUAAAAACAAGGAGCGCUGGGAGGACAAGCAUUUCCCUGAACUUCAUGUGAAAGCGAAAUAUAUGCCGUACCCGGCCUUGCGCCAGCAGUUUUGGAGAGCAAUGCUGAAACAGUAUGACGCUGAUGAUAGCGCGCGCAUCAGCAAAGUUGAACUGACGACAAUGCUUGGCACUCUGGGUUCGACGCUCAAAGAGUCAACCAUAGAUGGGUUCUUUAAGCGGUUCGCGGCGGAAAAUGAACCUAGCGAAACCGUAGACCUCACAUUUGACCAAGCUGUUAUAUGCCUGGAGGAUACUCUUCAGUCCCUGCAGAAAAAAUCUUUGAGUGACAAGAUGAGAGACAAUAUUCCUCACCAUCCAGGCAAAGAGAGCUCCGAAAGUGCGAAUCAAUCCAGUAGUGAGGACAACGUACCUGAAAUUAGCCUCACACUGCCUUCAAAUACAGAUCCUGAGCGACCAGCUAUACCCACCAUUUCUCGUGAUGAACCUAGCUCUUCUGGGGACAGCGAAUAUAACCUCCACCCCGAUGACCUUGGCGAGGAUGGAGGUGAGGAACAUGUGGUCGAAGUUCGAGAAUGCCCAAUUUGCCAUCAGCCACGACUCGGAAAGAGAUCAGACGCCGAUAUCAUAACCCAUAUUGCUACCUGCGUCAGUCAAGAUUGGAGACAGGUUGAUAAUCUGGUUAUGGGUGGUUUUGUAACAUCUAGCCAGGCGCAGCGGAAGUGGUAUUCGAAAGUUAUUACGAAGAUAUCCUACGGUGGCUAUAAACUUGGUGCAAACUCUGCCAACAUCCUUGUUCAGGAUAGGAUCACGGGACAGAUUAACGAGGAGCGGAUGAGUGUUUACGUUAGACUUGGGAUUCGACUACUUUACAAAGGGUUGAAGAGUAGGGAAAUGGAGAAGAAACGAAUUCGGAAAAUGCUCAAGUCAUUGAGUAUUAAGCAAGGAAAGAAGUAUGAUGACCCUGCUUCCGCAGCUCAAAUCGUACCUUUCAUCAACUUCCACCAGCUGGAUAUGUCCGAAGUUCUCCUUCCCCUGAACGAAUUCAAAUCAUUCAAUGAGUUUUUCUACCGCGCUCUGAAGCCAGGUGCCCGCCCUUGCUCUGCGCCAAAUAACCCCAAAAUCGUCGUAUCGCCAGCGGAUUGUCGGUCUGUUGUCUUCGACCGCAUCGACGAAGCUACUAAGAUUUGGGUCAAGGGAAGGGAGUUCUCCGUGGAACGACUCCUGGGCAAGGCCUACCCGGAGGACGCGAAGCGGUACAAGAACGGCGCCCUGGGAAUAUUCCGAUUGGCCCCACAAGACUACCACCGCUUCCACAUCCCCGUCGAUGGCAUGAUGGGGACGCCCAAAACCAUCGAGGGUGAAUACUACACCGUUAAUCCAAUGGCGAUCCGUUCCGCGCUGGAUGUAUACGGAGAAAACGUGCGGAUCAUAGUUCCUAUCGAUUCGGUUGAGCAUGGUCGUGUCAUGGUCAUUUGCGUCGGAGCAAUGAUGGUUGGAAGCACUGUUAUUACCGCUGAAGGAGGCCAGAAGGUGGCGCGUGGGGACGAGCUGGGUUAUUUCAAAUUCGGCGGUAGUACGUUAUUAGUCUUGUUCGAACCGGGCAAGAUAGCCUUCGAUUCGGACCUUGUCGGAAAUUCACUAGGAGCCCUUGAGACUUUGGUCCGCGUUGGUAUGUCAAUUGGCCACCACCCUGACGAACCUGAAUACACUCCCGACAUGCGGAAGAGCGAGGAGAGUAUCACGGCGGAGGACCGAGCAGAGGCAAUGCGCAGAAUCGAAGGGAGCUUGAAUGCACCAUCUGACGAAUAGGCAGAGAUGCAAUUCGGUAAGCUUCGGGGUUAGAGAAUUCUAGAUACUAGAUAUAUAUGGGUCGAUGCGUUUAGAUCUUAGACUCCGGAAACUUGGACAUUUGGGCCUAGACAGGAAAGCAGGCACGCAAACGGAAAAUAUAGAAGACGGGAGGCGGAACUUCGAAAGCCAUGACUGACUCCAUAGAUGAUUCAACAACAUUAGGAAAAUGUCCCUAUAACAUGGAAUGAUGACGACCCGUGAUGACGGUAUAUUUGUCUACGAUAUGUUUUUAGUUUUUGUUGAUAUUAUUUCAUGUAUACUCUUUUCUUUUCUUGUUAAUAUCAAAGGUUUUUUUUGAAAUCUUAAUACAAAGCAAAACAAGUUAUUUUAAACAGCUCGUCUGCAAUUUAAUGUCAGGAGAACAUUUCUACCGAUUGCGAUUCGAGCCCCUAUGAAGAAAUAUUUCUGUCCGUUCCCAAUAGAUCCCAAUAUACUCCGUACAUGAUAUUGAUAGAGCCUUCAAC